AUGCCAGUCCUCCGGCCAGCACAAGCCCAAGACGAGUCUCUCUCUCAGCCCCAACUCCCCCAGCCCUGCUUGUCCCUGCCAUCCCUUCUUUUCCCCUUUCCGCCCAAUCCCCCUGGUCCGCCCAAUCCCCCUGGUCCGCCCAAUCCCCCUGGUCCGCCCAUCCCCUCUUCCGCUCGUCCCUUUCAGUCCUCCGGCCAGCACAAGCCCAAGACGAGUCUCUCCUCUCAGCUCCAACUCCCCAAGCUCCCUCUGCCCCCCUCACGCUCCUUCCCAGACCCUUCUCUUGCCUUCCUCCCCUCUUCCCUCUCAGUGCUCCUGACAGCACAAGCCCAACAAGAGUCUCUUACCCAAUCGCAGCUUCUGCAGCAGCGGGUGCAGGAUGUUUUUGGGGCAGGGGCAGCAGGGAAUAGUGCAGAGGCAGGUGCUUCAGGGCCAGGGGAAGUUACCCUGGAAAAUGACGAGAUGCUGCUGGGAAGGGUUUCGGAGAUGGAAAGGGAGCUGAGGAAGCAAUUAGCAGAGCAGGAGCGAGCAGGAGGGCAGUUAACAGGGUUACCACAGUCUACAGUGCUUCACCUCAAUAUCGGUGCCCUCUAUUCCCCCCAUCUCGACUCCCUCAACUGCUCCAACGCCCCCACCUGCCCGGAUUUCUCGGGCAGGUGCUCUGUCAACCCGGAAAUUUCUGCGUGUUUCAACCCCGGGCUGGAGGACGACGGGAAGCAGUGGCUCCGGGCACCGGAAAACUGCCCGAAGGUGAAGAAUGUGGUGGAGAACGGUGCGGAGGGGUUCGAUUCAGUAGCAGUUGGUUCAAGCAAGCUCCCUCAACUUCCCCUCCCUUUUCGCCCCUCCCUCCUCCCGUCGUUUUCUACUCUUUGCCUCCCUCCUCCCCCCCCCCCCCCCCCCUCUCUCCUCCCUCUUCCUCCCUCCCGUCUGUCCUCCUCCUCCCUACUCCCUACCCCUUCUUCUCCUCCUCCCUACUCCCUACCCCUUCUUCUCCUCCUCCCUACUCCCUACCCCUUCUUCUCCUCCUCCCUACUCCCUACCCCUUCUUCUCCUCCUCCCUACUCCCUACCCCUUCUUCUCCUCCUCCCUACUCCCUACCCCUUCUUCUCCUCCUCCCUACUCCCUACCCCUUCUUCUCCUCCUCCCUACUCCCUACCCCUUCUUCUCCUCCUCCCUACUCCCUACCCCUUCUUCUCCUCCUCCCUACUCCCUACCCCUUCUUCUCCUCCUCCCUACUCCCUACCCCUUCUUCUCCUCCUCCCUACUCCCUACCCCUUCUUCUCCUCCUCCCUACUCCCUACCCCUUCUUCUCCUCCUCCCUACUCCCUACCCCUUCUUCUCCUCCUCCCUACUCCCUACCCCUUCUUCUCCUCCUCCCUACUCCCUACCCCUUCUUCUCCUCCUCCCUACUCCCUACCCCUUCUUCUCCUCCUCCCUACUCCCUACCCCUUCUUCUCCUCCUCCCUACUCCCUACCCCUUCUUCUCCUCCUCCCUACUCCCUACCCCUUCUUCUCCUCCUCCCUACUCCCUACCCCUUCUUCUCCUCCUCCCUACUCCCUACCCCUUCUUCUCCUCCUCCCUACUCCCUACCCCUUCUUCUCCUCCUCCCUACUCCCUACCCCUUCUUCUCCUCCUCCCUACUCCCUACCCCUUCUUCUCCUCCUCCCUACUCCCUACCCCUUCUUCUCCUCCUCCCUACUCCCUACCCCUUCUUCUCCUCCUCCCUACUCCCUACCCCUUCUUCUCCUCCUCCCUACUCCCUACCCCUUCUUCUCCUCCUCCCUACUCCCUACCCUUCUUCUCCUCCUCCCUACUCCCUACCCCUUCUUCUCCUCCUCCCUACUCCCUACCCCUUCUUCUCCUCCUCCCUACUCCCUACCCCUUCUUCUCCUCCUCCCUACUCCCUACCCCUUCUUCUCCUCCUUCCACCAGUUCUCAUACCCUCAGUCCACCCCAGUGCGGCACAUGCACAGGACGCUCCCCUUGUGCGCCACAUGCACCGCGCUCUCUCCCUCGUGUAUCCGCAGGCCACGGGGUUCUAUCACGGGCUCAUAGAGUGGCUGCCUCAAUUUCUCCUGCUCGCUUCGCUGCUGCAGAAGCUUCCCAACAUAGCAGUGCUUGGCACGCCCGAACAGGUACGCUUCAUAUGGGGGUGGAAUGUGGUGGAGUGCGGUACUCGCUCUCUCCCUCGUGUCCCUGCAAGCCACGGGGGUCUAUCACGGGCUCAUAGAGCGGCUGCCUCAGUUCCUGCUGCUCGUUCCCUUGCUGCUCGUUCCCUUGCUGCUCGUUCCCUUGCUGCUCGUUCCCUUGCUGCUCGUUCCCUUGCUGCUCGUUCCCGUGCUGCUCCUUCCCGUGCUGCUCCUUCCCUUGCUGCUUGUUCCCUUGCUGCUCCUUCCCUUGCUGCUCGUUCCCUUGCUGCUCCUUCCCUUGCUGCUCCUUCCCUUGCUGCUCCUUCCCUUGCUGCUCGUUCCCUUGCUGCUCCUUCCCUUGCUGCUCGUUCCCUUGCUGCUCGUUCCCUUGCUGCUCGUUCCCUUGCUGCUCGUUCCCUUGCUGCUCGUUCCCUUGCUGCUCGUUCCCGUGCUGCUCCUUCCCGUGCUGCUCCUUCCCUUGCUGCUCGUUCCCUUGCUGCUCCUUCCCUUGCUGCUCGUUCCCUUGCUGCUCCUUCCCUUGCUGCUCCUUCCCUUGCUGCUCCUUCCCUUGCUGCUCGUUCCCUUGCUGCUCCUUCCCUUGCUGCUCGUUCCCUUGCUGCUCGUUCCCUUGCUGCUCGUUCCCUUGCUGCAGAAACUACCAAACAUAGCAUGGGCAUUCUGCGACCGAGUCCUCAAGCCACUGGUGGGCGUGGAGCUAGCGCAGAUGAAUCGAGUGGACGUCAAACCCAACGAGCUCAUCUUUCUCUCAACUCUCACCCUCCUCCCUCACCCUUCCUUCUCCAGUGGGCAUUCUACGACCGAGUGCUCAAGCCACUGGUGGGCGUGGAGCUAGCGCAGAUUAAUCGAGUGGACGUCAAACCCAACGAGCUCAUCCUAGUCGACCAACUGUUCAUGCCAAUCACGGAGACGCAGGCGGCGGCUGUUCUGCGCUCUGAUUGGCUCGUCGUUGUCGCACGCCGCCCGGGCAGCCGAAGAGUUUUGGACAAGUUUGAGGAGCUUUUGGAGGAGGUGAAGAAAGUUUUCGGGCAGGAGAAGGUUCGGACUUUCGACGGUUCGCUGCCGAUUCUUGAAGCACGGUCUCUCUUCCUGCAAGCCCGUCUCUUCAUAGCAGGGCAUGGGGCAGCGCUAGCGAACAUGGUCUUCAUGCCGCUCGGUGCUACAGUGCUUGAGAUCCGACCAGAUCGUUACGACAACGCGUUCCCCUUCCAAGGUCCGUCCUCGUCGUCCAUCCCUCACAAUCCCCUCGCAUCCCUUCCUUUCUCCUCCCCUGCUCAUUCUCUCCCCCCGCCGCCAGUCCCCUCCAGGCAUUCCGAUUCCAAUCCUCAUUCCAGGCCCAUCAAUCGUCCUCGUCGUCCGUCCCUCACUAUCCCCUCCUCGGACGAUUCAUUUCCGCCAAGACCGUCACCAGGCGGAGGACGCGCAGGAGGAGGAUACGGCGCCGCAGGAUACGGCGCAGGACACGGCGCCGGACACGGCGGAGGGUACGGCGGAGGAUACGGCGGCGCCAGUCUAGGCGAAUAUGGUUACCCAGGCAACAACGACGACAAUGUUCGCCACGACGCGAAUCUGCCCACCCCCGUGGAGUUUUCAUAUGAGGAGCUCGUAGCGGCUACAGAUGGUUUCAGUGCGGUGAACGUGCUGGGCGAGGGUGGUUACGGGAAGGUGUACCGCGGGGUGGUUCGUGAGGAGGCGCCAGAUGGCAGCACGGAGGAGCGCCACGUGGCGGUGAAGCAGUUGAAUGACGAGGGCCGGCAGGGGUUCAACGAAUGGCUGACAGAGGUGGUGUUUCUGCGGCGGCUGCGCCACCCACAUCUGGUGCAGUUCGUGGGGUACUGCACGGACCAGCAGCAAGCCCUGCUCGUAUACGAGCUCAUGGCCAAUGCGUCCCUGGACUACCACCUGUUCGACGGCUCUCGCCCCCCUCUCACAUGGCAGCAGCGGGUCAACGUGGCUCUGGGAGCGGCCAAGGGGCUGGCAUACUUGCAUGAGGGCACGGAGCGGCAGGUGAUCUUCAGAGAUCUCAAGGCGGCCAAUAUCCUGCUGGACGAGAACUUCAAUGCAAAGCUGUCAGACUUUGGGCUGGCUAAGGACGGACCAGCAGGGGAGAACACGCACGUGUCUACCAUGGUGGUCGGUACCUACGGCUACACUGCUCCUGAGUAUCUGCAGACAGGCCACCUGACAGCAAAGAGCGACGUCUACGCCUUCGGAGUGGUGCUGCUGGAGCUCCUCUGUGGCCGCAGAGCCGUGGACGUAGGCCGGCCAGGCGACGAGAAGAACCUCGUCUUUUGGGCCAAGCCGUUCCUGGCGGACCGGAAGAGGAUCGGGGAGAUCGUGGAUCCGAGGCUGCAAGGGCGGUUCUCGCACAAGGGAGCGCUGAAGCUCGCUGUUGCUGCGCACUGCUGCCUGCAGGACGCGAAAUCUCGGCCGUCGAUGGCCGACAUGGUGCAGACUUUGACGGCUCUGAUGGAGAUGGGCGAGGGUGCGGGUGGUGGUAGUGGUCGUGGUGGUGACACACCCAGGACACCCAGAACGCCCAGAACACCCAAAACAGCAAAAACACCAAAAACUUUGAUAACAACGAAUACACUGAAACCAAUGGGCAGUGCAGGUGGUGAUGCUGACACACCUGCUGCAUCCCGAACACCCUCUGCUGUCAGUGGUGAUGGUGCCAAUAGCGCAAGAGCUCAUACAGGUGUGGGUGGUGAUGCUGCUGGUGUGGGUGGUGGUGAUGCUGGUAUUGAUACAGUUACUGGGAGUGAUGGUGGUUCUUCUGGUGGUGCUGUUGCACCUGCUGACGGUGGCCUGACUGCUGCUUCCUAUGAUGCGAAAUCGUUGCAUCGUGUACAGGUGGUAGCAAAUGGAGGUACGGUAGUACCAGGACUCGUUGAGACUUUAGGGGGAUAG